AUGACAAUGACAAUGAUUGUAGCUGUAAUUUUGGGAGAGAUGGAGAAGGACGGGGAGGAAGUUGAGGAGAAUGGGCGGAGGAGAUUUUUAUUUGAAAUACUUGAAACUUGCUGCUGUUCAAUACACAUCACUGUUUUGAGCAUAUGGUGCUGCCUUUGUGCAAUAACAAUGAAUGUGGGACAAAGGAAGCAAAAAUGUGGAGGUGGUGGUGGUGGUGAUGUUGGUGAUAUUGGUGUCCAAAGUGAUGCAAUGCGAACAACAAUAGGGAGGACAGAAAUUAGUGAAUGUGAUGUACAUAGACAAUCACAUGCAUUCAUUGUUAUAUGUAUUCAUAUGUAUGUAUCUGCGUGUAGAAACGAUGAGUCGGCGUGA